GAUUUUCUCUCGCUUUGUAUUCGGCUUCUCUUGGAGAAAAGCCUGGCUGUGGCCAAAACAGGCUGUUUCCAGCCAUUGGUCAACCGCCCCAGCUCCUCUCAUCUCCAUUCCCAUAUCUCGGGGCAGCAAUGGCCCGAGUUGGAUGCAGUCGGAGUCGCGGACGAGCGCAUGCACAAUGCAGUUAAUGACCGAGGUUUCCUGGGAGCAAUUCCCAUCGUCUAUAUCUAUCCUGAAAAUCCUACUCGUUGUCUGACUUCAUUCAUAGCACAAGUUCUUUCACCCGGUACCGCAGCCCUAUCCUUCAUCAUCGGCCCUCUCCCGUCUACAAUGGCCUCUGUUGCUGCAUUCCCUCGCAUCAAAGAGAUUCGCACCUUCGUCAUCUCAGGUGUUGGAUCUGGGGGUGACUAUCACAAUGUCAAAGGUGGUCACUGGCUGAUCGACAGCAAAAUUGCUACCCCAAUGUCCAAGUAUGAGGAGUAUCGGACCUCACGCACUUCAUUUGGGAUCAAUGUUUUGGGGUCGUUCCUCGUUGAGAUUGAAACUACGGAUGGUAUCAAAGGCUUCGCUACUGGAUUCGGUGGCCCGCCUGCAUGCUGGCUGGUACACAGCCACUUCCAACGUUUCUUGAUUGGAGCAGACCCUCGUGACACCAACCUCGUGUUUGAACAGAUGUACCGCGCGUCCAUGUUCUAUGGCCGUAAAGGCCUUCCCGUCGCCGUUAUCUCUGUGAUCGAUCUUGCCAUCUGGGAUCUACUGGGCAAAAUUCGCAAGGAACCCGUCUACAAAUUGAUUGGCGGGGCUACUCGUUCUCGAUUACACUUCUACUGCACAGGCCCUCAGCCGUCCGCCGCGAAGUCCAUGGGCUUCAUUGGAGCUAAGGUGGCUUUGCCCUACAGCGCAGAUGAGGGAACCGAGGGCACGCUGAAGAAUGUAGAAUAUCUCCGCCAGAAACGGGAGAGUGUUGGUCCAGACUUUCCCCUCCGCGUGGACUGCUGGAUGUCUCUGAACGUCCCAUACACCAUCGAGCUCGUCAAGAGAUGCGAGGCGGAAGGUAUUAACAUUGACUGGUGGGAAGAAUGCCUCUCUCCCGAUGACUUCGAUGGUCAUGCCUUGUUGAAAAGAGCCCAUCCAACUGUCAAAUUCACCACCGGUGAACAUGAAUUUUCUCGAUAUGGCUUCCGAAAGCUUGUGGAGGGCCGCAAUCUCGAUAUCAUCCAGCCCGACGUCAUGUGGGUAGGUGGUCUGACAGAGCUGCUGAAAAUCUCGGCUUUAGCCGCCGCAUACGAUAUUCCAGUCGUCCCCCAUGCCUCAGGGCCUUACUCAUAUCACUUUGUGGUUUCGCAACCCAACACGCCGUUCCAGGAAUAUCUCGCCAACUCACCAGAUGGGAAGAGCGUUCAGCCGGUCUUUGGAAACCUCUUCCUGAAUGAACCUAUUCCCACGAAAGGAUACCUCGACAUUUCUGAAUUAGACAAGCCCGGAUUUGGUCUCGAGCUUAACCCUGCUGCUCCCUUGAUCCCUGCUGCUUCUAUUCUCACUCCGGCUCCUCAAAAGAGCCUGUCCUUGCCCAAGGAAAAUGGUGUCGAGCACGAGCGCUCGGUUAAUUAAUACGGUCGUGCCAUGGCCUAUAUUUCUUCGUUGAUUUAUUCUGCAUUCGGAUUGUGCUAGUUUUCUCCAUGUGUAUAUAGUAGUAUGCUUCUGUACUGAGAUUUGACGAGAUGACGUAUGUCUUCUUGCGCUUCGUCUUAGAGAAUAGAAAGGAUUCCGUAUAUUAUUU